CAUGUGUUAUUUCAUAGUUUUGAUGUCUUCACUAUUAUUAUACAAUGUAGAAAAUAGUUUAAAAAAAUAUAGAAAACCCCUUGAAUGAGUAGGUGUUCUAAAACGUUUGACCGGUAGUGUAUUCAUACCCAACCUCACACUAACCCAUACAGAUGGAGCCUGUUGCUCCUGUAAAGCCACCAAACUAUUUUUUUCUCAUACAGUAUUAGAAGGGUAAAGGACUGAGAAAUUGUAGCAAUACUUACAGCACUCCUGCUAACGACUCUGGUUCAUUGCAAUAAAUAAAUAAAUGAUGUGUACAAAUAUAUUAAAUGUUAUUUCGGAGAUAAUAUUGAAUCAUUAUAGACUGUUUUAGCGAUGUUGGCAAAAGAGCUUCCUUAUUGUUGAAUAAACAAACUGAAGAUGAAUAAAUUAUUUACAAAAUGACUGUGGUGGUGAUGCUAUAUACUGUGCAAUGUAUGUUCAUAGAAAUGCUUUUGAAUACUGAUUGUUAAGUUUUAAUGUCUUAUGUCUGACUAGCAGUGCAGAGUGAGCAUUUCUAACAAAAUGAGGAUACAGUAGCCAGUAGGUGAAGAAAUCAGAAAAAGAACACAUUAUUUGCUAUGAAAACUCGGAAUUGACCAGAAUUGAGAAACAUCCGUCAUGAAACAGAAAACACACACAUUGCAUCACAUUUGAUGAGGUCACAGGGAUCUACCAAUGAGAAGACUAGAGGAAGCUCAAAAGAGGUGAAAAGGAGAAGGAACCAGUUAAGUGACAGAUAAACUGCAUAAAGACUUUGAGACAACAGAACAACUACGACACACAGAACAACACAAAUGCCAAGAUACUGCACCGAGAGACAAAGACUCCUUGACAGAAAACGUUAGAACUGAGGAUGCUGGAGAACGUCACAGGUGACGUGCAGAAUGACACCUUCUCCUGCCACCACCCCUCGGUGGAGGCCUACCGCUACUUCGGCGUGCUGUGGGGUUCGGUAGUUACUAUAGUUGGAACGGUGGGGAACAUGCUUACCAUUCUGGCCUUCUCCACGGACACCCGGCUGCGGACGCGUUUCAACGUGCUGAUAGUGAACCUGGCCCUGGCGGACCUGUUGUACUGCACCCUGCUGCAGCCCGUCUCUGUCGACUCCUACCUACACCUCCGCUGGAGGGGCGGACCUCUCUGGUGCAGCAUCUUUGGCCUCCUCCUCUUUCUCUCCAACUCUGUCUCUAUCAUCACCCUGUGUCUGAUCGCGGCCAGCCGUUACCUGCUGGUGACGAAGCGGGAUGUGUUUGAGCGGGUGUUUUCUGGUCGAGGCCUGGCUAUCCUCCUGCCCUCCACCUGGGCCCUGGGCCUGGCCAGCUUCGGCCCGCUCUGGCCCGUUUAUGUAUUUGCUCCACAGGUGUGCACCUGCAGUUUCCACCGCACCAGGGGGCGCCCUUACACCACCGUGCUGCUAUUCUUCUACUUCUUUAUCGGCCUGGGCUGCGUGGGGAUUUUCUACCUGCUCAUUUACAGGCGAGUCAGGGUGGCAGCACUGGCACUGGUCCGCUACCGGUUUAGCCGACGCUCGUCACAAAAGAAGCCAAACUCAUCAGAACAAGGGACGGAGGGGGAUAGUGGAGUCGGGAGCGGGGUGGCCACCACCCAGAGCUGUGAAUUGAGCAGCCAGGCAGAACUAACCCAAUACAAGAGGGUAGAGGUGAAGGUGCACCCUGGGAAAGCCCAGUCCUCCCACUCCACCUGGGGCUCUGCUUUAACUUCGCAUUCAGCUCACCUAGCAGGGGCACAGGAGCUACCCCCUGCCCUCAACCCUGUGCCCCACUCGGCCACUCCUGCCCCCAUCACUGCCCCCUCCUCCUCCACCACCUCUUCAGGGGACAAUGUUGAGUUUAGACGUGUGACCCGGAUGUGUUUCACUGUCUUCCUGUGUUUCGUGGGCUGUUUUGUCCCGUUCCUGCUGCUGAACAUUGCUGAUAAGCAGAACCGUGCACCUCAGGUGCUCCACAUGUUCUGUGCCAACCUCACCUGGCUCAACAGUUGUAUUAACCCUGUGCUCUACGCUGUCAUGAACCGCCAGUUCGGACAGGCCUACCGGGCCCUUCUAGUCAGGGCCGCCACACCCUUCACACACCUCUGGACACGGUGACCUAUACAUGUUGGUUGUUUAGUAGAUGCAGAUAUUCAGAUUGACUUUAGUCAGUGUAUUCAAUUAAGGUACAUAAGACAACCACAAAUUGGUAAUUAUCACUCACUUUUCUCAGCCCACACUGGUAUGGAUGGAGCUACUUCCUCCUGUAUAACUUCCUCUCCUCCUUCCUGAAUAUUACAUAUAUUACAUUUACUGUACAUUUACUGUUACUGUUACUGUCAGCAAGGGAAAAAUUUGCUUUUCUGUGAUUUUUGGAAAGGGCACAUUUAUUUUGGGCUAAGAUUAUGCUCGUUUUUUUUCCAGUUACAAACACCAAUGUACAGUUACUGUUAAGCCUUUGUCCCCGUACAUGAAAUAGCUUUCAGAGCGGCCAUAUAAUGUGGUCAAAUCUCAUCAGAAAAUCUAUUUUAUUCCAGCAGGAAGCCAGAAGCCACCAACAGGGAGAUAGUUAUGCAAAGAACUAUAGCCUCCUUUACGUCUUGUGUUUAUUUAUUGUCUGUGCCAAUGUACUUUUGUCUGUUCAUUUACACUCCCCUACUGUACAUGUGUAUUUGGACAGUAAUGAUAAAUGUUUUUAAUCUGGCUCUGUACUCCAGCAUUUUGGAUUUGAGAUCAAAUGUUUCAUAAAAAGUGACAGCACACACAGACUGUCACCUUUUUAUUUCAGGGUAUUUUCAUACUUAUCUGAUUUAACGUUUAGAAAUGGAAGCACUUUAUAUAUCUAGUCCCCCCAUUUGAAGAUGUCAAGUAUUUGGACACAUUUCCCUUCGUGUAUUUAAAUAGUCAUAAGUUUAGUAUUUGGUCCCAUAUUCCUUGCACACAAUGAUUACGUCAAGCUUGUUGGAUGCGUUUACAGCUUGUUUUGGUUGUGUUACGGAUGAUGUUUUGUCCAAUAGGAAGUGAAUGGUGAAUGGUAUUUUUGGUGUCACUUUUAUUGUAAUACUAUAAUAUAUUUGUGAACACUUCUACAUGAAUGUGGACACUACCAUGAUUAUAGAUCCUGAAUGAAUUGUGAAUGAUGAGAGAAAGUUACAAAGGGACAAAGAUCAUACACCCCCAAAAUCUCCCCCAUUAUUGGUAAUAGUGAGAGGUGAUUGACUCAUCGUUUUUCCUAAUCAUGGCAUCAUCAGAAUUUACUCCAUUCAGUUUCUAUUGGGGAAAACAGAACCAAAACAAACUGAAAAUGGAUCCAACGAGUUUGUAGCCACAAGCUUGAUGUAGUCAUUGUGUGCUAACUAUAUGGGACCAAAUACAACAUUGACAACUUUGGUACAUUAUAAAUGAUAUUUGAAAUACAUAUGAAUUUGGACAGUGAAGCAAAUACAAAUCUAAGUCUCCUCAUUACUUCAUAGUACCUUUUAUUUGGAAACAUAGGAUAUUAUCCUUUUACACAUAGGACAUUUCAUUUACACAACAUGUGGAACUUCUGCCAACCCUAAAGCAGAACUUUUGAAAGAUUUCUCAACUCGCAUGUCCUAAAGUAAUGGUGCAACUCAAAAUGUCCUCCAUGACAUGAUUAAGUUGACCUUCACCUCCUGAUAGUUGAGAAUAUUUGUAAUCAUAGCAGUCAUAUUGGUAUACGUGAUUGGAUUUGUCAUAUCGUAGUCUAUUGCGGAAUUACAAUGUUGAGAUUAUUUUAAUACAGAGCAACAUACUGUAUAUUACUCAGCUCAAAUAGUUUCUCCUUCCACAGCUUGUCUCAUCCUAGCCUACUUUUAUUGUAACUAUCUCAGUAGAUAUGUCACUGUGACAUAACUAAAGACUAGACAAAUCUCCUUGGUUUUGCUAUCAGACACAUUGCCACAUUUCAGGGUUGAAGUAGAAGAUGUAUUUUAUUGGCAGGUUGGGUCACAGGUCAUUAAGUUUAUCUGAAGCCAUUCAUCGUUACUGCCAUUAUUCGAGCUCCUGUGCUCCGUAAAAUAAACAAAGAAAUUAUCCCAUGUAUUGGGAAUGUCAUCUGUAACGCACAUCUAUCCUUGCUGUAUUAAGGAGUACUGGACAAACAGAGCAAAGUUUCCCGCAUCCCUGCUGCUGCUAGUACAACAUAAAACGAUAACAACUGGCUGCCUGUGGUGACGUUUCACUGCCACACUCGUUGAACUGUGAAUAGUGGUAUAUACACCAAUUCAGUCAUUAAUGAUCACACUGUCGGCAGCCUACGCUGUAGAACACUGUACACCCACAGCGGAUUUACACAGAGGGACACGUUAAUAAUAAUAAGGUAAGUGGUAAUCAGAAAUGCUAUACAAGACAAGAAGUGCAAAAGGAUCAAUACCUUUUCAAAAACCAAGCUUUUUAUUUUUAUGAAGGCUCCAGUUGUGUGAAGGCAUUGUUAUAUUAUACAAAAAUCUAAAUCUGAUUCACAUAUUUUGUCUUGUCAGAACACAGUCAAGUCCCAUAGAGCAAAGUCAUCAAAAAAUCUACAUCGCUCUACAAGAGCGAGAUAUUUCAUCAUACAAAAAUGUAUUAUACUGUACCCGAUGGGCACAACAUAAUGGCCAGGCAGCAUUUAUAUUGAAGCAGAGUAGUAGCCUACAGUAUAUAGAAUGCACCAUGUAACGAGGUUAUAGUCGAAUGAGCAUGCUCAAAGCUGAUGAAGAUUGUACUACGAAGAUAGUGUAUGGGUAAUAUAGUUAGAUUAAGGCCCGGCCUUUCCCGGCCUUUCCUGUAGUACACGAUCAGCUCCUUUGUCUUGCUCAUAUUGAGGGAGAGGUUGUUGUUCUGGCU